AGUCUUCAAAACACUCAUUUGUAUUGUAGCAUUUAAAUCAAAUAUUUACAUUGAGUGUCGUUUCAUAAGUGAUGUGUAUAUCAGUGCUAUUAACAAAAAUACUUCUAAUUAGUAGCUAAUUUAUGAUCAUUGAUGAUGUUUGUUUUGAGUUUACGACAUGGAUGUAGCUUGUGAUCGUAGUCCAGUUUUGAUACACCAUGUCGACGACGCCAUGCGCCAAAGGCGGGAUGCGCCUCAGCGAAGCCCUGGACAACAUCCAACUGGCGUAUAAUCCAAUAACGAAACAGUUGCACUUCGUAAGUCCAAAAGUGGAGAAACCUGCUGAGACUAGUGAUGAAGUCGAUAAAUUGUCGAAAAAGAGUAGCUUUAGUGAUGAAGGGAACUUUUCAAUAUCAACAUGUGAGAAGAGUGAUACCAGUGACUCUCCAAAGAGUACAUUGCAGUGGGGAGGCAGUGUGAGUGGUCACCAACGUGGGAAAGACGGAGGUUCAUUCUCGAGUACUGUGUCCAGCUUAUCUGAAUGUUCCUUAGGGUCCAGUGCUUCUAAGGAAGAUGAAGUUGAUGUGAACAAAGAUCAAGACAAUAGUAAGCUGAAGAAGAAAGGAUUGUCUGGAUUUUUUAGCAGAGGUGUCUUCCCAUGGAAAAGCAGUUCAUCGAAGACACAAGAGUCGACCACGACUGGUGUUACUUGGCGUCUCUUCGGUAGCAAGUCCACCAACAACCUGUCAGUUAAGACCGGUUCAGAGAGUCAGAAAUCAUUGACCCCGGUAUCAUCGGCUGCUAACACCCCGCAUCAUCACAAACGACAGGGUAGUUCCGCCAGUGAGAAGCAGUUUGAAGAUCUAGUCGCAAGUUCCAUUGCUCUUAUACAACAUGACAGGCCAUCCAAUCUGCCUGCUAAGUGUUCGGAGGAGGCAAUGCGGCAUCGUUUGGAGCAUGCCCGUAUGGUGCAGGCGGCGAGGCGACGCGUGGAGCGCGAGGCGGCCGCACGACUUGCACGCGUGCACCACGCGUUGCGCCACGAGGAGCGCCUCGCUACUCACGCGCAUGAGUGGUCGCGUACUAUACUUCCCGACUGGCAUAACAUGAAAAAUGCCAAGCGUACGCUAGAACUUUGGUGGAGCGGCCUACCGCCGUCGAUACGAGGUAAAGUUUGGCAACUGGCGAUCGAGAACAAACUAAAAAUAAGCCCAGAAAUGUACCAAGACUUCGUCGCGAAAGCAAAACAGAAGCUUCUAGAAGCGCAGCAGAGGAGAAAAAAGUUAAAAUUAAAGAAUAGAGAAGCCUGUGGCUGUCAAGAUAAAGAAAAGAAUGAUUCGGAUCGAGAAUCAAAAGAAGAUAAAGAAGUAACGGAAAAGUCUACAACAGAAGACGAUGAGAAGCCAAGAUUGGGGAUGCCGAGGAACUUCAGUGAGCAGAAUUUAAAAAGUUUGAACGUUGAAUCGUGUCCAAAGAAGUGUUGUUCGAAAUCGAACCCUAAUCUGUUGGAGUAUAACGACGAAUGUUCAAUGGAGUUGAUCCAGUUGGACAUUGCACGGACGUUCCCACAUCUGUGCAUCUUCCAGCCUGGAGGGCCGUACUUCGACGUGUUGCAUGAACUACUAGCGGCCUACGUCUGCUAUAGACCUGAUAUAGGAUAUAUACAGGGCAUGUCUUUCAUCGCAGCAGUACUAAUCCUGAACAUGGAGGCUCCGCAAGCAUUCGUCUGCUUCGCGAACCUCCUUGACGGGCCUGUACUGCGCGCUGCUUUCACACGAGAUGGCGCUGCGAUGCAGCGUCUAUGGAAGGCGUACGGUCGUCUGCUGAGAUACAACCUGCCAGCGCUGGCGGAGCUGGUGGCUCCGGAGCUGUACCUGGUGGAAUGGCUCUAUACAGCCUUCGCCAAAGCCAUGCCACUGGACGCCGCAUGCCGAGUCUGGGAUGUCUUCCUCCGGGAUGGAGAUACAUUCCUGUUCAAUGCCGCACUUGGAAUUCUCCAUCUUUACCAAGACGAACUAAAAGACAUGGACUUUAUCUCCGCCGCUCAGUUCUUGACCAAGCUGCCCGAGGACCUGGACCCGGAGGCUCUGUUCAAAAGCAUCUCCUCCAUCACCAUGACCCUGGACGGCAUGUCGUUCGAGGAGCUGGCGUCUUGCUGCGAGCUGGAGACCACGCUGGACGAUGACGUCACUGUUAGGUUAUGAUACAUCAGAGUGAGGUUAGAAAACUUUAAAGACUUUCUUUAUAAAGUUUUUGGUAUAAAUUGUGCUUCUUUGGAUAUUUGGUCUGUGUAUUACUUUCUGAUUUAAAAAAAAAGUAUAUACUUUCAUUGGAAUUUACCGCGGGUUUUAGUGAUACUUGUCACAAGCUUGUCUUGUUUAGCGACAAGUGUCACACUGUAGUGA